CCCAAAGAUUGGGAGAGCAGCAUAAAAUUAGAAUCAGCCAGCUGAUUGCCCAGCAGGAUGUCGUCAACUAUCCAAGAACAGAGCCUGAAGGACCCUGAGAUUGCAAAACUCUUCUCCAAAGAAGAUCCAGGGAAGCGCUUCACAGAUCUCAGAAAAGUUGGCCAGGGAGGCUAUGGAACAGUGUUCUUUGCACGAGAUGUGCACACCUAUGACAUGGUGGCUAUCAAGAUAAUACCUUAUAGUGGAAAGAGGGCUAUGGAGAGUUGGCAGGGUAUUAUUAAGGAAGUCAGGUGCCUACGAACAUUAAAACAUCCCAACAUUGUAGAAUACAAAGGCUGCUAUUUACGUGAGCACAGAGCAUGGCUUGUAAUGGAAUAUUGUUCAGGAUCUGUUUCAGAUUUGCUGGAAUUUCCCAAAAUGCCAAUACAAGAAAUGGAAAUAGCAGCAAUUAUACACGGUGCUCUUCAGGGAUUAGCCUACUUACAUUCUCGUGCCAUGAUCCAUAGAGACAUCAAAGCAAGAAAUAUCCUUCUGACACCACGAGGCCAGGUGAAACUUGCUGACUUUGGAUUUGCUUCCAUGGCCUCUACUUCCAAGACUUUUGUGGGAACACCGCAUUGGAUGGCCCCAGAAAUAAUUUUAGGCAGGAAUGAAGAACAAUAUGAUAGCAAAGUAGAUGUAUGGUCUCUGGGGAUAACAUGUAUUGAAAUAGCGGAAAGGUUGCCUCCUUUAUUUGCUAUGAAUGCAAGGCAUGCCUUAUAUCUCAUUACCAGAAAUAACCCCCCUACACUACAGUCUAAUGAAUGGUCCAGUUCUUUUCACAACUUUGUAGAGGCUUGCCUCCAGAAAAACCCUGAAGAUCGCCCUACAUCAAAGACACUUUUAAAGCACCCAUUUCUUCUUCGGGAGCGCCCUACAACAGUGUUAACAGAUCUCCUUGAAAGGGCAAAGGAAGAAAAAAAAAGAGUCCUGGACAAUCUGCGCAAUCGAAAGACGAAGAAGGUCCUUUCCCAGGAGGCACAUAAAGGGCCAGCAGUAGGAGCACAGGAAGAAAAGGACCAAGAUCACGGUGUUGGACAGGCAGGAGCAGUGCACAAUAUUGGAAGUCAUCAGUCUGUUCCCCGUAUGUGCAGCAGGACCAGGAGUCAAAGCGGUGGGGUUGACAUUCUUCAGGAUGCCUCGGGUAACAAGGAUGAGCUACCCGUGAUGGAGGGAAUUGAAACAAUUACGUCUAAUGAUUCUGCCAUCCGUUCAAGACCUGUUACAAGGGAAAUGCCAGAACAUGAGCAGGAAAGUCAGCUCAGAGAACAAAUGUCUGGCUGUAAGAGAAUGACAGAGCAACAUCAGAAACAGCUCAUGAAUCUGGAAAAGAAGUUAAAGGCUGAGAUGGAUGAGCAUAGCCUCAGAUUAGAGAAAGACCUUGAAACUCAGCGUAACACCUUCGCUGUAAAAAUGAAGAAGCUUCUCAAGAAACACCAGGCGGCAGUGGAAAAAGAGGCUAAAGUGAUGUGCAAAAAGGUGAAAAAAUUUCAGCAACGUAUUCAGGCUGAGCAGAAGAAAGAACUGGAUAGCCUUUUGAAGACCCAGAAGAGAGAAUACAAACUUCGAAAGGAACAGCUUAAGGAGGAGCUGAAUGAAAACAAGAGCACCCCAAGAAAAGAAAAAGAGGAAUGGCUUUCAAAGCAGAAAGAGAACAUACAGCAUUUCCAAGAAGAGGAAAAGACCAAUCUUCUUCAGCAUCAGAGCCGGUACCUAGAGCUGCAAUGCCGUCGCUUCGAAAGAAAGCUGUUACUUGGGUGCCACAACUUGGAGCAGGACCUUGUCAGGGAGGAAUUAAAUAAAAGAAAGGAUCAAAAGGACUUAGAGCAUGCAAUGCUUCUGCAACAGCAUGAAUCCACACAAGAACUGGAGUUCCGCCACCUCAACACAGUGCAGAAGAUGCGCUGUGAGUUGAUGAGUCUGCAGCAUCAAACCGAGCUCACUGACCAGCUGGAGCGUAAUAAACGGAGAGAGCGAGAACUAAGGCGGAAGCAUGUCAUGCAGGUUCGACAGCAGCCGAAGAGUCUGAAGCCGCAUUUGGAUGAAGCACAGGAGGCAGAGUGCCAGGCUUUGAAAACGCAGCUGCAGCAGGAACUGGAGCUGCUGACUGAACUUCAGAGCAAGAUCAAAAUGCAGGCUGAGGCACAAGACGCUCAGGAGCUUCGGGAGCUUGAACAGAGGGUCUCCCUCCGCAAGGCACUCUUAAAACAACAGAUUGAAGAAGAGAAACUGACAUCACAGAAUGAGUGCACUGAAAGGAUACGAAGCCUGCUGGAGCGUCGAGCAAAAGAGAUGAAAGCUGUCGACUUUGAAAGCGAGGGACUAGGUUUUAGAAACAUCCAUUCUAACCUUGCCCCUGAAGCAUUCAGCCACAGCUCCCCCAGAGCUCCUCACAGGGGGCAUCCCAUAGGUGGCCUACCACAAGCCUGGGGCCAUCCAGUGCAAGGUGGGCCCAGCCAUGCAGGUCACCCUUCUGAGCCAAUGCAUGGGGUACCCCGAGGUAGCAGUAUGGGAGUUCGCAAUAGCCUUCGGGUUCUGAGGCGGACAGCUGCCGGAGGAUGUACGGAACACGGCAUGAACUGAAGCACCAGUGUCACUUGACAACUAUCCAAUGGGUCACACAUGUCUCACACGUAACUUAAUAUUUGAGAAUGGCGAGGAGGAGCCAAGAUGGUGCCGUGAGUAGGACAGCGGAAAUUUCCUCCCAAAAACAUAUAUAUUUUUGAAAAUACAACCAUUCCUAAAACAGAGACCAGAAGAUACAGUACAACAGCCAGGCUACAUCUACAUCUGCGAGAACCCAGUGCCUCGCGAAGGGGGUAAGAUACAAGCCGUGGCCAGGCAGGACCCGAGUGCCCCCCACCCCAGCUCCUGGCAGGAGGAGGAGAGUCAGAGCGGGGAGGGAGAGGGAGCCCAGGACUGCUAAAUACCCAGCCCUAGGCAUCCGCACCAGAGCACGGACACACAGUGCGUGGUGUGCUGGAUACUAGGGAAACUGAACAGUAAAACCUGCGAGCGGGUCCCCACAGCCAGCACACCUGGAACAAAAGAAAAGCAAGUGCUUUUUGAAGGUCUUCAAGGGACAGGGGCCUCACAGCUGGAUGGAGGCGUCCUAGCACACUCAGCCGAGCAGCUGGGAAUCCCGGGGAAGUCCAGGCGCCCCGACGCCCUGGGCGACAACGCAGCUCGGAGCCCCUCACAGUGAUAAACAGCCUCCCACCCAUUCCCCCUCUGGUGUGGCCCCACCAGCGCAGAGCAGCAGCCUAAAAGUGGCCACGCCCACAACAACCAUGCGGAGCUUACUCCACAGUAGCGGGGCAAGAGUCAGAGACCCGUCUGCACGCAGCUGCCCAGUAAAAGCCGCUGGGGGUCACCGUUCUCCCAGGAAAGGAAGGCCAGGAGCAAGUGGAAAGGGACUUUGAUCUCCCAGCAGACACACAUGCCAACUGCCUACGACUACCUCUAUCACCAUGAAAAGGCAGAAGAAUUUGAUACAGACCAGACUAACCCAGACAUCCUCCCCCGAGAGGGAAUCUGAGGAGAUAGAUUUAACCAAUCUUCCUGAAAAAGAAUUCAAAAUAAAGGUCAUAACCAUGCUGAUGGACUUGCAGAGAAAUAUGCAAGAGCUAAGGAGGGAGAAUACAGAAAUAAAAUAAUCUCUGGAAGGACUUAAAAGCUGAAUGGAUGAGAUGCAAGAGGCCAUUAAUGGAAUAGAAAUCAAUGAACAGGAAUGCAGAGAAGCUGACACAGAGAGAGAUAAAAGGAUCUCCAGGAAUGAAACAAUAUUGAGAGAACUGUGUGGCCAAUCAAAACGGAACAAUAUCCACAUUAUAGGGGUACCAGAAGAAGAGAGUAAAAAAGGGAUAGAGAGUAACUUUGAGGAAAUAAUUGCUGAAAACUUCCCCAAACUGGGGGAGGAAAUAGCCUCUCAGACCACUGAAGCACACAGAAUUCCCAACACAAGAGACCCAAGGAGGACAACACCAAGACACAUAAUAAUUAAAAUGGCAAAGAUCAAAGACAAGGACAGAAUAUUAAAGGCAGCCAGAGAGAGAAAAAAGGUCACCUACAAAGGAAAACCCAUCAGGUUAUCAUCAGACUUCUCAACAGAAACCUUACAGGCCAGAAGAGAAUGGCAUGAUAUAUUUAAUGCAAUGAAACAGAAGGGCCUUGAACCAAGGAUACUGUAUCCAGCACGAUUAUCAUUUAAAUUUGAAGGAGGGAUUAAACAAUUCCCAGACAAGCAAAAGUUGAGGGAAUUUGCCUCCCACAAACCACCUCUACAGGGUAUUUUAGAGGGACUGUGCUAGAUAGAAGGACUCCUAACACUAAACAGAUGUCACCAGAGAAAAUAAAAUCACAGCAAAGAAAGCGGACCAAUCAAAUACUAACUAAAGGCAAAAAAUAAAAUCAACUACCCAAAAAAGCAGUCAAAGGAAACACAAAAGAGCACACACACACACACACACACACACAUGAAAAAAAACACCUAACAUUCAAAGAAUGGAGGAGAAGGAAUAAGAAGGGAGAGAAAUAAAGAAUCAUCAGACUGUGUUUAUAAUAGCUUAUAAGUGAGUGAAGUUAGACAGUAAUGUAGUAAAAAAGCUAACCUUGAACCUUUGGUAACCAAAACCUAAAGCCUGCAAUCUCAGUAAGUGCAUAUCUUUCAAUAAUCACCCUAAAUGUAAAUGGACUGAAUGCACCAAUCAAAAGACACAGAGUAAUAGAAUGGAUAAAAAAGCAAGACCCAUCUAUAUGCUGCUUACAAGAGACUCACCUCAAACCCAAAGACAUGCACAGACUAAAAGUCAAGGGAUGGAGAAAGAUAUUUCAUGCAAACAAGGAGCAAAAAGCAGGUGUUGCAGUACUAGUGUCAGACUAAAUAGACUUCAAAACAAAGAAAGUCACAAGGACAUUACAUAAUGAUAAAGGUGUCAAUCCAACCAGAGGAUAUAACCAUUAUAAAUAUAUACACAC